AUGAUCAUUGAUAAACGAAACGCGAUGCUUUCGAAUUAUGAAGUGUUAGCACUUCUCAGAGAAAUGGAUGAAAAGCAACGAGAGCAAACUAAAAUUGAUCCGAACGUCAAAUUUGCCGAAAGUUUGAAGACAAUACAAUUUGAAGUUAUCCAAAAUUUGUCAUCACAACAAUCUCCUUCGUCAACUCAAACACCUGAACAAAUCGAGGCAACUUUAACUCACCUUAAACAAUAUAAUCUCACUAAAUCAGAAAAAUUACAGCUUAUUAAUUUAAGACCCCAAAGUAUUUCUGAAUUGGAAUUGAUUAUAGAAGAUUGUGAAGAUCGAUUUGAGAUGGAUAUUCUUAGGGAAAUGAUUUAUAUAAUAGGAUCGAAGUUGCCAAUGCCCGGUAAGGUUGUUCGUCGCUUGGAAAGCGGAACUGAGUCUCUAGGCGAUGAUAUUUGUGAAGCGUCCUUUGUCGUCAACCUCUCCAACAUUGAUCUGAACGGACGCAUGAAAGGUGAUAAGCUUAAUAGUUCACAUUAUUUGGCUCAAUGUGAUUUCUGCAAAACAAAAUGUCCUAGCGAAUCCUCAAAAAUGGAAAAACAUUUAUUAGAAAAGUACGAAGAUAUUAAUCAAGAUGAACGUGAUAGUAUUAGUGAUAUUUUAAAAAAUACAAAAGUAAAAAAGUUACGAAUAUAUAACUCAUCAUUUCAAACUGAUACUGAUGAUAAUACAGAUACAAAUAAUAAUCAAGAAAUUGAAUCUGUUACAUUAUCUAUUAGAGAAAAAGUGUCUAUUAAUCGUCAACUGCUUAAAACAUUAAUUUUGACCAAUGCACCAUUAUCAUUUGUAGAAGAUGCUGAAGUAAUUAAAUUAUUUUAUAUGUUAAAACCUGAAUAUAAGCUUCCAUCUCUUACAUUGGGUCAAGUGGCUGCAUCAUGGACCUGGCUUCGUGAAAUUAUUUGUAAAAACUCAUUUACUAAUAAUGAUUUUCAAAACUUGUUAAUCCUUGAAAUUGAUAAUCAUUGGGAAAAAAUUUAUAAUCUGGAUAAAUUUAUUGAUGAAUGGCUAAAUUAUGCAAGUCAAAAAGGUCAAUUUUCAGCAUCAUCAAUUCAAAGUCCAAGCUUUACAAGAUUUCCACUACGAUACUGGCAUACUAUGCUUCACAUAACACCAAAUUUAAGUGAAUUUGCCUGUCAUCUUUUGUCAAUUCCACCUAACUCUGCAACUUCUGAACGGGUAUGGUCCUUAUUAGAUGAUAUUCAUAUGUAUGAUUUAAAUAAUGAAGAAACUAUUCCAACGCCCAAAGAUAUUUUUGAUUCAAAAAGCGUUGAAAAAUCAUUAAAUUUUUACAUUCAACAAUCGUAUGUAUAG